AUGUCGAUGGAUCUGGAUGCCCCCGUCUACAUGACGGGCAUGCAGCAGGACGAGCCCACCAUCGCAACUAUUUUGUGUUGCAACUGCGGUGCCCCCAUCGAUGGAACCACCUCUGCCGGUGCACUUUGCAACGAUUGCGUGAGGCUCACAGUCGACGUCUCUCAAGGCAUUCAGCGCGAAGCCGUCAUCCACUCUUGCAGAGACUGUGAAAGAUGGCUGCAACCUCCCAACAGCUGGGUCGUUGCCAAUCUCGAAUCGAAGGAACUCCUGGCUAUCUGUCUGCGCAAACUCACUGGUCUCAACAAAGUCCGCAUCAUCGACGCCAGUUUUAUCUGGACCGAACCCCACUCUCGCCGUAUUAAGGUCAAGAUCACGAUCCAACAGGAGGCCUUCGAGGGCACCAUCGUCCAGCAAGCGUUUGAGGUUGAAUACACAGUACACAAUCAGCAGUGCACCGAUUGCGCGAAAAGUUUCACGCACCAUGCCUUCCGUGCAAGUGUUCAGGUUCGGCAGAAGGUGCCCCAUAAGCGGACAUUCUUGUACCUCGAGCAACUCAUCCUAAAAUCCGGCGCCCACAAGGACACCCUCAACAUCAAAGAAGCGAAAAAUGGACUCGACUUUUACUAUGCCCACCGCAACCAGGCCGAGAAGAUGAUUGACUUCUUGUGCAGUGUUGCUCCCUGCCGUUAUACCAAGAGCUCGACGCUAAUCUCGAGUGACACCCACUCAGGUACUUCGUCAUACAAGUUCAGCUUCAGUGUUGAGAUUAUCCCUAUAUGUCGUGACGAUCUCGUUUCAAUUCCGAUCAAAUUGGCUCGCCAGAUAGGCAAUAUCUCUCCCCUGGCCAUCUGCCACCGUGUCGGUACAGCGGUCAACAUUAUGGACCCUCAGACCCUUCAAACGGCUGAGAUUCCCACCGGAGUUUACUGGCGCUCUCCGUUCAACUCUCUGGCCAAUGUGACUGAGCUAAAAGAAUUCAUCAUCAUGGACAUCGAGCCCCUCGGCAAGUCCAACGGCCGAUACCAUCUGGCUGAAGCUACGGUUGCUCGUGCCUCAGACCUUGGCUCUAAUGACAUCACAUAUUUCACGCGUACGCAUCUCGGCGCUAUUCUGCACGUCGGUGACUCUGUUCUCGGCUACCACCUGACAGACACCAACUUCAACGACCCCAACUUCGAUGCCAUCGAAGCCAGCUCCCAAUAUCGGGAUACAAUUCCAGACGUAAUUCUGAUUAAGAAGCACUAUGCGCGCAAGAAGAAGCCGAAGAGCCGUGCCUGGCGCCUUCGCCGCAUGGCUCGCGAGCACGAGGAGGAGGCUAUGGCCGCUGCCUCUGCCCCUACCCAGAGCCGCAAGCAGGAUCAGGAGCAGCAGCGCCUCGAAGCCGACUUUGAGAUGUUCCUGCGCGAUGUCGAGGAGGACCAGGAGCUGCGGGGCACGCUGGAUCUGUACAAGAACCGGAAUAAGGUGCAGCCCGGCGGUGAUGAUAUGAUGGACGAGGGUAGUGACAGUGACGACGAGGUGCCGAAGAUCAACAUGGAUGAGUUGCUCGAUGACUUUGAUGAGUUGAACGUGAACGACCAAUGA